UCAAAACAAACCGGUUGCGAGUGGAAAAAAGAAGCGCGUUUCGGUGCGUAGAGACAUUGUUUCCUUAAUUUUAACAAAAGUAUCCAAAAAGCUGCAACAAAAUGUCUCUUGCGGAUGAACUGUUGGCCGAUCUGGAGGAUGACAACGAUGAGGAGAUGGAGGAGGGGGUGGACACCAUCAAGGAGGAACCGAAGGCGCCAGCCGGCGAUGGUGACGAAGAGGACGCUGACUCGGGCGGCGAAGAGGAUGCCGCCGUCAUCUACGAUCUUAAGGAUGAACCGAUGGAAAUCAACCUGGCCGUGGCAUCGAUACGGGAAAUCUGCAAACUGCGCGACUCGGACCGGCUGUCCAACGUGCUGUCGCAGAUCGAAAAGUACGCCAAGAACCCACGCACGACGACGGAGAUGGUGGGCAACGUGGAGUCGGACCCGGAGUAUCAGCUCAUCGUGGAGGCGAACAACAUUGCGGUUGAUAUUGAUAAUGAAAUAUCCACGAUCCAUAAGUUCGUCAAGGACAAGUAUCAGAAACGCUUUCCCGAGCUGGAUUCACUCAUCAUGGCGGAAAUGGACUACAUUCGCAGUGUGCGCGAGUUGGGCAAUGAUCUAGAUCAGGCGAAAAACAACGAGCGUCUGCAGGAAAUCAUUACUCAGGCGACGAUUAUGAUCGUUUCCGUGACGGCGUCCACCACGCAGGGAGUAAAGCUGGAGAAGCACGAGCUGGAGCAGAUCAACGAGGCGUGUGAUAUGGCGGUCGAGCUGAACGAUUUCAAGAGCAAAAUCUUUGAGUACGUCGAAAGCCGAAUGACCUUCAUCGCUCCCAACAUGUCGAUGAUCGUGGGAGCGUCGACGGCUGCGAAGUUGGUCGGAUUGGCCGGUGGGCUGACGAAGCUGUCAAAAAUGCCGGCCUGCAACGUGCAGGUGCUGGGAGCACAGAAGAAAACAUUAUCUGGAUUCUCCAAAGUGGCAAUGUUACCGCACACGGGCUACGUGUACUACUGCGACAUCGUGCAAGAUACGCCGCCGGAUCUGCGCCGCAAAGCGGCACGCCUUGUCGCAGCCAAGUGUACGCUGGCGGCGCGUGUCGACGCGUCGCACGAGAGCCAUCUGGGCGAGAUCGGGCAGCGGUUCCGGGAGGACAUCGAGAAGAAGCUGGACAAGCUGCAGGAACCGCCGCCGGUGAAGUUUAUCAAACCGCUGCCGAAACCGAUCGAGGGUGGCAAAAAGAAGCGUGGCGGUAAGCGGGUGCGCAAGAUGAAGGAACGCUACGCGAUUACCGAGUUCCGCAAGCAGGCCAACCGAAUGAACUUUGGCGAUAUUGAGGAGGAUGCGUACCAGGAGGAUCUCGGCUACACGCGCGGUACGAUCGGCAAAACCGGCACGGGCCGCAUCCGUUUGCCGCAGAUCGACGAAAAGACCAAGGUGCGCAUUAGCAAAACGCUGCAGAAGAAUCUGCAGAAGCAGCAGCAGGUUUGGGGCGGCAGCACGACGGUCAAGAAACACAUUUCCGGUACGGCGUCGAGCGUCGCGUUUACGCCGUUGCAGGGGCUGGAAAUUGUGAACCCGCAGGCGGCCGAAAAGUCGACCAGCGAAUCGGGGGCAAAGUAUUUCUCCAACACGUCCGGUUUUCUGUCCGUUGGCAAAAAAACAACGUAGAGACGGGGCAGUUGGUUGGUGUGAUGUAGGAGAAUUUUGUUAGCGGAAGGACGGACUGAACAUUGCAUACCAAAACGAGGGCUAGAGAUAGACAAAUUGCUCUUGGAACUUUAAUAGUUGACCAUAAUGCAGAAUAUCGCAUUUGUUUAAAACAAUCGUAGGAAAAUUGCUACCGAGUCCAGAUUUAAAUGAUAAGAAAUCAUCAGAAAAGAGAGGGAAUUUUGCCACAAAGCAGAAUAAAUCAGACAACUAUUGAA